AUGGACACAUUUACAAUUGAAGAAAUAGUGAAAUUUGAUGGUGGUGGUGGUGGUAUAUCAACAAUUAAUAGUAAUAAUGACAAUAUUGGUAUACCAAGUAAUACCUUUGAAAUGAUAAUAUCAACUAUUCAACACUUUUUAGAUAGAUCAUCAUCAGUAGCAUCAACGAUUGCAGUAUUUGUAUUAUCAUUUAUAUUAUUUUUUAUGUUUGGUUGGUUUUAUUUCUUAAAGAUAUUAUUUAGAGAUUAUGAAGUUAAAAAAGUUUUUGUUCAAUUAUCAUUCUCAAUUACUUUUGCAUUAUCAUUAACAUUAUUUGAACUUAUUUUCUUUGAAAUUAUGGAUUUUAUGGAUAGAGAAUGGAGAUAUAGAUUUUGGGAAUUUGAUUUAACAUUAAUGUCAAUUAAUUUAAUUUUAGUAUUACCAUAUUAUCAAUUUUAUUUAUUAGUUUUAGCAUAUGGAUUUAGUAAGAGGAAAACAUUAUUUUUUAGUUUAGUACUAUUGGUAUUAUAUUUAAUUUUAUUUUGGAAGAUUGGUGAUCCAUUCCCUAUUCUAAAGGAAUAUACAGGUUUAGUUUCUUUAGAAAUGGGUAUUGGUAGAAUUGGUAUUGUAGGUUGUACUGUAAUGUCAUUACUAUCGGGCUAUGGUGCAGUUUAUGUACCUUAUAGUUAUAUCACUUAUUUUUUAAAACCUGUAAAAGAUGUUACAAUUACAAAAUUAGAAAAACAAUUCAAUCAUGCUUUAGAUAAAAUUUUUAAUAAAAAAAAAAGAGUUGUAUUAUUAAAACGAGAAUUAACAAGAAGAAAUGUAAAUAAUAAUAAUAAUAAUAAUAAUAAUUAUGAUACAUAUAAUUAUAAUAACAAUUAUAAUAAUAAUAGUAAUAAUAAUAAUAAUAAUAAUAAUAGUAAUAAUAAUAAUAAUAAUAAUUUACCAAUUAUUGGGCCAAUAUUUUCAAAAAUUUAUAAUUUAUGGAAUGUUGGAUAUCAUCAUCAAUUAAGUAGACCAAUUGAUGAUAUUAAACAAUUGGAACGAGAAAUUAAACAAUUAGAAGAUUUAAAUCGUGACUUAUUCACUCAAAUACACGAGUUAAAAUUAGAGAGAUUAAGAAUCCAAUUCUCAACAACGCUUCGUGGUAAAUUUUAUAAUUGGUUAGGUUACUUCUUUUCAAUUUAUUGGAAAAAAAAGAGUGCAUUAAAUAUAGUUUUCGAUAGAAGAGGUGGUAUGGAUCCAGUUACAAGAGGAUUGGAUAUUGCUUUAAGAUAUUUUCAUUUUCAAGUUGAUGUAACAUUUUGGUCUCAACAUAUAUCAUUCAUUUUGGUUGGUUUAAUGACAGCUUCAAGUAUUCGUGGUUUUUUAAAUCAAAUUUUAAAGGUAUUUCAUGAAUAUUCCAGUAGUUUAUCUUCAAAUAAUAUAGUUUUAAUAUUGGCUCAAGUAAUGGGAAUGUAUUUCAUUUCAUCAGUUUUAAUGAUGAGAACAUCUAUGCCUGAAAUUUAUACAAGAUUUAUAGUCACUCAGAUAUUGGGUGAUAUAGAAUUCAGUUUCUAUCAUCGUUGGUUUGACUUUAUUUUUAUACCAAGUGCAAUUAUCACAACAUUAGCAUUGAUAUUCAUGUCUAAAUCAAGUACUUUCCACUUAAAUGAUGAAUAA